CAUUCUUUAUGAAAGUUUUCAGAUUUACAGACUGCUCGGCUUGUCUUUCAUAGCAAGCAUGUGUCUUUCGGCCUGUAUUCAUGACUCUGUUCAGAGAGAAACCCCUGUGGUAUCUUCAAAGGAUAUUUCCUCCAGAGUGCCCCGUCUAUUCCCCCGUUCCACCCCUUCGGAUUAUUUCCAGCCUCUCAGGGUGACUCCGUGGUAUCUUUUGGGUGAGAAUGCUCUUGUCAGUCAAGGACAAAUAAGACAACUGAGGAUUGCCCUGCAAGAAGUAACACAAAUGCUCUCCACUGCACUUUCAGUGCAUAGAUCUGAGGGGCCCCUCCUGUUGAACCGAGACAUUAGUAGAUUUUGCCGCUCAGUCUGGAGAGUGCCCAAUGAAAACAAGUGUGCAUACAUGCAAACUUCUUACCAAGGGGAAAAGUGUUUGGAUGUCACGAUCCCUGACUCUCACUUACAUGGAAUAAAAGUGUGGACUGCUCUGGAAAAAGAGCCAAGGACUGUGAUUGAGGAUGGUGCUGGUGUUCCUGAUACUGAUUUCCUGUUGUACGUGCAGGUGUCUCAGACGCAUAAAUGUGCAGCUCAGCCUUCUGUUUUUGCCUAUGCUUCUUACUGUCAGCAAGAUCCAACUGGGCGUCCUCUUGCUGGGGUGAUUGUGUUUUGUGCUGAUCAUCUGAGAGAAGAAGAAUACCAACAAGCACACAUCAUUCAGGUAGCCCUCCACGAACUACUCCACACCCUUGGAUUUUCCAGUAGUCUGUAUGCAAGCUGGCUAGACUGCAGCCUUGUAGAGUAUGGGGAUUCUUGCUCCUCUCGUUCUCGUGUGACAAAUACAGAUGAAAAUGGUCAGUUCUGUAUAUACACCCCAACUGUGAUGCAGAAAAUGGGGGAGCAUCUAGGAGUAGAAGGUGUGGGGGCACCUCUGGAGAAUAAGGGAUUUCCAAACUCGCCUUCCUCCCACUGGGAAUCACGUAUCUUUCAGGGUUCCAUAAUGACCCCCUUGCUGAGUCCACCCCACCUCACACAUCUAGAUCCCAUCACUCUAGCGGCCUUUACGGACAUGGGCUGGUACAAGGUUAAUACCACCAUUAGAGGUCAACUAACGUGGGGUAAAGGUGCAGGUAGAUCUUUUGGUCUUCCCACCACAUGUCAAGACACUUCCAAUGGAUUCUUCUGUACCGGAAGCAACCUAGGUUGUCACCAUCUGCAUCUGGACAAAGGCAACUGCUCUACAGAUCCCUACCUAGAGGGAUGUCACAUAUACAGCCCCCUUAUACGUGGUGGGGAAUGCUGGCUGCAUCAAGAUGGUGGGGACCCAGAUGAAAUAUUUCACGCACAGAGUCGGUGCUUUUUUUCAAAUCUCACAAAGGGGGCCCCACUGAAUCCAGAGUUCAGAGGCCGCUGUUAUCUGCAUCAGUGCCUUGGUGAAAACUACUUCCAGGUCAAAGUUCAAGAAUCAGAAUGGACUGACUGUCCAGCGGGAGCUUGGAUUCAGAUUGCGGGUUAUGAAGGGUUUAUUCAAUGCCCAUCUGGUCGCUUAUGUAUGGGAUUCCAACCCCUUCUUGUUGCUUCACUAACUCCUAGCCCAGUCACUGAGCAAAAUACCACAGUUACGGAAAACACUCUGUACCCUACAGGGGGAACUGUGCAUUUUAGAGUGCAAGUGGAAGUGUCCCAAAGUCACAAAUGGACCUCAGAAAUGAGAUCUUUUCUCCUGGAUGAGGUUCUGGGGGUCAUUGCUCAGAAAGCAGGAGUGCAGAGAUGCUUUCUUCAACCCCGUAUGAAUAAAGAGGUAGAUUUAUCAUUUUCUAUUGUGGGAAAAUGGUCCACAGAUUGCCCCCCUUCACCAUCAGCAGACACACCAGUGGUUUCUUUGCUAAACAUGAAUCAAGAUGGAACUCCAUUUAUAAUAUAUAAUUCCUCCUUCUUUUCUACAGUCAGCAUCAGGUGAGACAUUAAACACAGACAGACCUUACUAUGCUACUUCUACAUGGCAUACAACAGGGAUGUCAACCCUG